AUGUGCGAUGUCUUCUCUUUGGCUUUGCAAGAGGUCCAGAACCAGCAGCGAGACUCCUUGGCAGCGAUGGAUUUGCUGAGGCAACAGCAUGUGGAGUGGCAGCAGUCUGUAACUGCCCUGUUGAGCCGUGUUGGACAAAUCUCAACGCCUCUCACCGAGAAGGCAGCGGUGCCAAGUGUGGUGCCUUCGAAAGCCACUGACGAGCCACGCGAGCCAGUCGUUUUGGCUUUGCCCCCGGCCGAGUGUGUCCAGACCCCAGCGGAGCUCCAGAGACUCCGGAGCUCCGAAAGCGAAGCCACGGUGCUGGACCCCAACGACACCUCUGAAGCGGCCAGAGUCAGCCAGAUGAGACAAACCUUGAGGCAAACCGUCGGGGCUGACGGCCGCUUGCCCAAGCUCUUGGAAGAGGUCCUGACCGACCACAGCAAAAAGAGGAUCAGGUUGACGGUCUGGCAGGAGAGACGCGAAACCUUAAAGACGGUGGUCGACUCCACAGCCUUUGAAUACGUCACUGCAGUUUUGAUCCUGAUGAACAUUGCGCUCAUUGGUGUAGAGGCUGAGAUGGAUUUGUUAGGCAUGGACACCUGGUGGGCUGCCGACGUCGAGAGGAUCUUCUUGGGGAUCUACACGGUGGAGCUACUCAUCCGACUCACUGCAGGUGGACGAGAGGCCUUCCAAAAUUCCUGGUUUUGGCUGGACGUGUUUUUGGUUUGCGUCGGUUUGGUGGCCUUGGUGGUUGUGCCCUUGGUGGAGUCAGAGGCCAGCUCCCAGGAAGGCUGGAUGCAGCUUUUGAUCGUCAGAGGCCUUCGCUUGCUUCGCUUGGCCCGGAUCCUUCGGACGGUGAAGCGCUUCAAGGUGGUUUGGCGCCUCGUGUCCGGGCUGCUCUCCGUGUGGGACACCAUGGCCUCAACGACCGUUUUGAUCUUCUUGGGUCUUUACAUCUUCGGUUGUAUCGCUGCGGAGGUCAUUGCAAAUGACCCGGAUCUCAGAGACAAUGCAGAGACUGCAGGUAUCGUGAGGAGGAACUUCAGCAGUUUGCCCAAAGCAACGCUGACCUUGUUGCAGUUUGUUACUCUGGAUGGCAUCGCCAACAUCUACUUUCCGCUCGUCAUGCAGAAACCCUUCCUGAUCAUUUAUUUCCUUCCCCUCUUGAUGUUCUUGUCAAUUGCAUUAAUGAACUUGGUCACUGCAGUUUUGGUGGAGCAUGCGCUCGAGCAUGCCUCUCAAGAAGCAGAGCUUGCACGCAUCAAGACCAAAGAGCAGAUCAAGGCCACUCUGCCUGACUUGCUGGAGAUUUUCUCGGCCUUGGACCAGGAUGGGAGCGGCUACAUCACACUUGAGGAGGUGGCUAAUGUGCCUUUGCAUGUGCUGCCCCAGAAGGUCUAUGAGAAGGUCACUGUCGACAGCAUGGAGGACAUGUUCGAGCUUCUGGACGCAGACGGUGGCGGUAGCUUGAGCUUAGCUGAGUUCUUGGAGGGUUUGCUCUCGGUGCUACUCAUGGACAUGCCUAGUUGGGCAGUGCAGUUGCAGAAGUUGGUGAUUCCUAUUCGGAGGCAGACGAUUCAAAUCUCCAAUGAACUGGAGCUUUUGAAAAGAGGUCGUGAUCCUGGUGAGAAUUCCCCUGGUCUGACAGUCGAGAAUGCUCGUUUGUGA